CAUCGGUGUCUAGCAGUUUGAACAAGAAGCGGGUCCAGUGGACUCUCAUUCAUGCGCUAUCAAUCGUGGAAAUGGAAUAAAACUGCUUUUUAGAUUGAGUUUCGUCGGUCACUGUUAAUACGUUGUAAGGGCGUUUUUAUAUUCACAGUAAACAGUUAAGUUAGCAAAAGCUCGAGCUGUCUGGCUAUCUUGGCUAACCUUCACUGACGUUGGUCUCAUCUGGGUUAGAAACGUUAAAUGCUUUUGAACAGUCCUUGACGGUCCUUGGCUUAUUGGCGCGGUUAUAGCUGUAAUUUCUAAACAUGAAGCCAUUAAAGCCGUUAUUUCUGAAGACGUACGGUAAGCAGAAGCGAAAAGUGUCCGCCUGGAUCUCACCGGACAACCGCAAGAAGGCCUUCGACAGCACACCCUCCACAGACAACGACACCUCCGUCUUUGAACCCGCAAGAACUACGAGGAUAAGAGAGAGUAAGACUAGCGUGGCUAGUCGUAGAGCGGCGCGUCCUGCCAAGAAAAAGGCCAUGCUCUUUCUGACUGAGAAGAGUUUUGAUGAGGAGAAUAUCCCCCCUCCUUCCUGUCCUCAGCCAGCUGGAACCAGCUCUGUGAACAGAUAUGCAGCCGUCAAUUUUGAAGAGAAGCAGACUAGUGUUGCUUGUCGUAGAGCGCCACGUCCUGCCAAGAAAAAGGCCGUGCUAAGUGUGACAGAGACCAGCAGUGAUGAAGAAAACAUCAGUAGCCCCUCUCUUCCCCGUCCUCAGCCCGCUCUGCAGAGCAAGAGAACCAGGAAAAGCCGGCAUGCAUCUGUGCCAGGAGUCUUGAUGAGGCAGAAUUGCCAGCAGCUUCCAAAGACCAGCGGAAGUGAGGAAGACUCUAAUGUUCAUCUUCCUUCUGCGGGCCGCUUUGUAACCCGCCGCAGAUGUACUGUACCAACCAAACCCAAACUCCCUAAAGCAACAUACAAUCCACUCAACUCUUCAGAUGAUUUUGCUUCUGGAGCCCUUGGUUCCAGUAGGAUUUUUCGGCCUUCUAGGAAGAGGAGGGUCCCCCCAGCAUUUGUGGUUUCAAGUGCAGAGAACUCGAUGAACGCUGCAGGGACUGCCAGCUUUACCACCAACCCCUUCCGGGAGAUUUCCCUCAAUGAGUUGGCAGACCACAGCCUCGGACCCUGCCCCAGGAAACCCAUUUUUUGUUCUACACCCUCAGCAGACUCCUUCAGAAAACGGCCCCACCUUCAAGCCGUAUCUAUCAAUAAUCAGUCUUGCAUCCCUCCGUCCAUGUCAGUUAGCUCUAUAGGUGUCUUGAGCACAUUCCAAGAAGACUUGGAUUCACCGGGUCAGCCCACCUCCCCACGACUUUCUGCACCACCCAUUGGGCUUUGUUCUGAGGAGAAGCCGCAGUCCAGCCUUGGUGAGCAAGAACCAUCUGGUGAUUUAUUUAUGGAGCCCAAGCGCACUAACAAGAGACGUCGCUGUAAUGAGGAAGCCGAAAGUCACAGUGAAGACAUAAAAAGCAAGAAUGUCGGGGAAUUGCCAAGUCUAAAUCUACUCUGUACAAAUGAGAGUGAUAGCAGCAGUUGUUUUGUGUCAGCAGCAGGAGGGUUAGAGUGGCUGAUAGAGGCUCUGAAGGAGAAAUGUUUGACCGAGCGCUGCACAGUGCAGCUCGAAAGAUUGGACAACCUCACCGUGUCUCAGCUAUGCAGUCAAACAACCUACUCCUCCUGUUUGGGAUCUUCAGGCUCAGUCUACAGCUGGCAAACGAAUGGACAUCCACGGUCUGUGGACAUUGGCCAGACAAUUGACAUUUCACAGUCUUCAGAACCAUCAUUUAAUCUUCAAUUAUCUGUUACUAACAAUAACACCAGGGAUUAUUUACAGUCUCCUGAACAUGCAGCUUUAGUGACUGACAGUCAAAGCACUAACAAUUCACCAUCAGUUGACUGUAAGCAGUCAGCUGAACACUCAUCCACAAUGGAAUCCAUGGAGCAGUCGGCGUCAGUCAUUUAUGUUGAGUCUAGCUUCCACACAGACAGCAGUUCUGAGUGCAUCAUGGGCACACAAUUUCCAGCCAACAGCCCUGUGCAAGCACUGUUUACUGAAGAGGAUGCUGUAGCAGUAAAGGACACAUGUCUUACUAAGAAAUGCACCGUUCGGCUCAAAUACUGUGCUUUGUCACAACUGACUGUUCGGCGGCUAAAAGGGCUCAUGCAGCACAAAGAGAUGGGUUUGACUUGUGAUGAGACAUCCGCUAAUCCAGAUGCAAACAAGUCUGAAAAUGGCCGUGCACAUAACAUUGACGACCCAGAAGAUCUCACACAUACUGGAGAAAUCACUGAGAGAAUGAUGGCGUCAAUAAACAGCAGUGCAACAUCCCAGACACCAUCAGAAACAGAAGAAAAGGCAGCGGUGCUGAAGAAGAAAUGUCUAGCUGACAAACUCAUUGUUGAGAUAAAGAGAGUUACUUUAUCACAACUGAAAGAAAUUUUGCAGCGCAAAGAAUCAAAACCUAAAUCACCCACAGUUGUGUCGGACUCAGUCCGUGAGGACCAGACACAAAAUAACCACCAGUCUGAGGGCGACACUAAUCACUGUAAUGAAGACACUUACGCCAUGAAAAUCAGGAUGAAAAAAAGAGGCUCAACUAGUUCUGAAGUAAAGAUCACUUCAGACAAAGAAGAAGUUGUAAAGGACUCUUGCAACAUUCCCCAAAAAAGAAAAAGAAAGCCCUCCCUAGCUCUUAAAGAAAAGAAGAGGAGGAGCACGUCCGCGGACCGACCUGGGACGACCAGGAAGGCGUGUGUGAGCGGUCUGAGUGUGAAUCGCUGGAAAAACAAAGGCAACGCCAGCAUGCACGUGUUCGGAGCCAGGACUGCACAGACAGGCGGCAACAAGGCCGUGGACUGCAGCAUCGAUGAGCUGAUCUCCACACAACACCAAAAGCCAAGGGAGCUGAUGGGAACUGCAAUGAAUUUCUCCACCCCGGUGAAAGCGAGUCUGCUCAACCUGUCAUCUCUGUUGGCUGACUUCACACCUACCACACAAACCUGGAGCCGACUCAAAGCUGCCCUCUCUGUUCACCGCAAGGGAAUGGUGCUGUUCACUCCGAGGAGUUCAUGUGCAGGCUCUCCGAGAAGAGCGGCGCUAGCUGAUGUCAGCCAGGAUCUCUUUGCCACACCCUUUCGGACCCCGCUCCCCAAACGCCUCCGGUCACAGCUGCUGAGUUUCAGUUCUCCGUGUGAGGAUGCAGAUCUGUCGGAUGCAGAGAAGGUGUAUGCCGAGUGUGGCCAGCAGCGUCCUCUGCCGUGGGAGGAGUGUAUACUUCCUCAGCGAAUGAAACAGUGUGUGAAGAUCGGGGAGGGAACCUUCGGUGAGGUCUUCUCCACCACCAAUGCUUCAGGAGACACUGUUGCACUCAAGAUCAUUCCACUAGAGGGCAGUGAGAAGGUGAAUGGAGAGGACCAGAAGACCUUUGGAGAGAUCCUCCAUGAGAUUAUUAUUUCAAAGGAGCUGAGCAGCCUGAAAGAGAAGCAGCAGAACCAGACUCAUGGAUUUAUUGGUCUCAAUGACCUCCACUGCGUUCAAGGCUGCUACCCUCCAGAUUUCAUGAAAGCCUGGGAUGCCUUCGACCAGCAGAAAGGCUCUGAGAAUGACAGACCAGAUUUCUUUAAAAAGGAUCAGUUGUUCAUAAUCCUGGAGUUUGAGUUUGGAGGCAUUGACUUAGAGAACAGCAAUGGAACGCUGGCGUCUUUAGGGGUGGCGAAGAGCAUCCUUCAUCAGGUUACUGCUGCCAUGGCUGUUGCUGAGCAGCAGCUACAUUUUGAACACAGGGACCUCCACUGGGGCAAUGUGCUGGUCAAAACAACCAAGCAAAAGACGGGGAGCUUCCUCCUGAACGGAGCAGUCCACUCUCUGGAAACUAAAGGGGUGCUGGUCCGCAUCAUUGACUACUCUCUCUCCAGACUAGAAAUCGAUGAUCUGACAGUGUCCUGCGAUAUCUCGAAGGAUGAGGAGCUUUUCAUGGGCCAGGGGGAUUACCAGUUUGAUAUCUACAGAAUGAUGAGACAGGAAAAUGGAAACAACUGGAGUAGCUACCACCCCCAUACCAACGUGCUGUGGCUCCACUACCUGUGCUCCAAGCUGCUGUCCAUGAAGUACCGGGGCUCAGGAGGGAGGGGCGCCAAGUACAUGCGAGAGGAGCUGACUCGUUUCCAUGACAACGUCCUCCAGUACAGCUCUGCCACUGAGGCGCUGCAAAACUGCCCCAUGUUUCAGUAGCAUGUGAGCACUGAACACACUCAGACUGUUUUAGUAUGAAGGUCUUCUUUAGUCAUCAGUCUGCCCGACAUCCUUUCUUGACCUCUGACAAUUUAAGACCAGUUAUUGAUCUCUUGGUCACUUAAUGUACAGUGUUUUCAGAUGUCGUUUGAAAAGAUUAUUAAAAAGACUAUUUUAAAAUAGUGUCUUUAAAAUUUCCUAAUGAAGCUUACUUAUGUCUGUCCUUGCAUUGGCUACAUAUUUGUAUAACUGAUUAGGUCCAACAACAGUCUCUUAAUUGAUUUUAUCACAAAAUGCGCUAUCUCAAAAUGUAUCAAUAUUGUGAUAUAAAAUCAUGAUAAAAUGAAAUGAUAUUUAAUGUGAAGUGUUUUUAGAGGUAUUUCUCAACAAAAGAAAAGUAAAAUUUAAAAAAAUUAUUUUCUGUCAGCAGGAGUACUUGUUUAGGAUAUGUGUACACACAGGAAAGCCUUACUACUAUUGGUGUUGCAUGGAGACCAUGAUGUUACUGAAUCGCCUUAACAUUGGGACCUUUUGCACUUACUUGGCGUUUUGGUGCACUGAAAUUAUCUUAUAUCCAUUUUCCUUUUCUCUGUCUUUUUAUCUGGCCAGUAACACAAAACAAAAGUUGUUUAAAUAGGUUCACCCUGCGGUUAUAGUAUAAUUAUUAAAUUAUCUUGCGUCCUCCACAUAGUAUUUUAGGUCUGGGACACAGGAUGUCUCUUACUUAUAUCUUCAACUGCAGUAAGCCCACUUAUCUGCCACUUACCAUUAUUGAGCAAAACCCAACUUGACUCAAUUAUUAAUGACUCAGUAUCAUCUGUAUUGAAGAGAAAAGAAUAAUUUAUCUGAUGUUUAAAGUGAAUAAAAUAGCCUGCCCAGCCUGCUUAACGUUACUGGAGUUCCACAACUACUGAAGAGAUUCGAUCUUUGAUGUAAAAGCAGGCAGUGGACCAAACCACUGUGAGGCAAAGGAGGGUUGUUUGUGUUGAUUUACUACAUACACAAUUAUUUUAAGUUUUUCUAAUUUCAUUAUUUACAACCUUCAGAUGGGGUCGGUCCCGAGAAGUCAGAAUAUUUCUUUGGAAAGUCAUUCAAUGUUAAAGAAAAUUUACAAAGCAUUAUAAAAUUAUAUAUUCUGUAAUUUGUAACACCAGUGUACAAAGAAGCGCUUAACAAAAAGAAAAUAUUUUAUUCAAUUUGUUCUUUAAGAUUAUCAUACAUUUUUGCAUUGAAACAAGCUUCAUUUUGGUAUGGUGAGUCGCGUGUGUCCAUUUUGUCGAGGAUCUUGAUUGAAUACGUCGAAUGCUUCCAUACUCGAAGAGACACUUGGUUGUUGAUUUUUAAGAAAUGUACAUUUGCCUGGUAUAACCGUGUGAUGAGAUCAGAGCAAAGGUUGCAUUUAAAAAAAGGAAGACCGCUUUAAAUAAAAAAUAAAUGAAUAAAAAGAUAUGGACACAUUCCAAACUAUACAAACAAGAUCCGGCAGGCCUAUGUUCUGAGAAGAGGUCAGGCAUGUGUUUGAGAAGCACUUUUUGGUUGAGCUUUGAGGCAAUGUUUGAGAUGGCCUUGCUGGUGAUGAGCCCAUAUGUCUGUUGAUGUGGUUAUGUUUGUUUUUGUGUGUGUGUUUUGUGUUAGUAGGAAGCAAACGGAUGUGUAUAAGAAGCAAUGAACUGUAUAUGAGGAAAUGUACUUGCAGCUGCUGUGCGUGUGUGUGUGUGUGUUUGUUUGUUUGUUUGUGUGUGUGCUCAGAAGGAGAAGUAUUUGGUGAACCACUCCUGUUUUAGCCCCUCUGUCCCCCUCUGCUCCAGAUAUGGGCCCCUAAAAAACAGAAGAAACACAUGUAGACUUCAUAAAAAUCAGAAUUAGUAUAUCACUAUGCUGAGGUUCAGAGCAUUGUGCUUCUUUUUAAAACUGAGGGGAAAACGCACACCAACCACUCAAAUGCACUGAUUUCAAUUUUUGACAUUCGAUUUGAUCACAAGGAAGACACCACAGUCUGAGGCCAGGGUGUUCCCGGUCUGUAGUGGUCAAAACAGGUCAAAAGUUGUCCAAUGGGCAGCCAAGGCUCAUUGAUGCAUGUGAGAAGUGAAGGCGGGGCCGUGUGGUCCAGUCCAACAGACGAGCUACUGUACAGCAGGUCAAAUUGUUAAAAACAAAAGUUGAUGCUGGUUCUGAUACAAAGGUGUCACAACACACAGUGGAGUCCAUAAAGUGGAUUCCUCGACAGAUCAGAGCUGACUGAAAGGGAGACUUACUGUAUGUUAUGAGCAGCAGGAGGUCAUUAUGUGUGAUUGGUCUGUAAAUACAGAUAUACUGAUACAGUAUGUACACACGCGUGGUCAUGAAUCACAUACAUGGAUUAAGUGUUGAAAAAACAGCCUGUAUAGUUUUUUGGGGUGACUUUCUCCUUUCUUGCUGUAUUUUUCAUACAGCGACUUUAAAAAAGAUAUUUAGAAAUAAUUUUCCUUUCUUAAUUUGACCUUUUGUUAUUGAAUUGUGUAGAUAAACUACUUUUUGUGGUUUCUUUUUCUGACUUGAAUGUAAGAUUGUUUUCUCCUUUAACUGUAUUUUCCUGGUUUGUACUUGUGGACUUCUUGAUUAUGUGGACAUGUUAGUUUCAGGUGACUGGUGUCUUAUUCUGAAGGCAGUUGCUGAAAUGCUAAACUCUUCAUGAGUUGAAAUAAAUGAAUCUGAGUUGUGA